UGGUCGAUAUAUUGCCGAAUGAAAAUGAAUUAAGUUCGAUGUGUCUCAGUUAAUUUGAAAACAAAAAUAUUGAGUGAAUGUGUGUUAUCACUGGUCUGCUGAAUGGUGCAAAAAUAACAAAUUUAAAUAAUUUUCGAUAAAGCACAGACAAAAAGGUGAAUGAAUGUGUUGAAAAAUUGAUUUUCAUUUUACGUGCUGGAAAUUGGACUGAAUUGAUUAUGUGAUAGUUUGCCUGCACACACACGCCACACUGAGUAUACUUAUUGGGAUUAAGAGAAAGAAGAAAAAUCACGGAUUUAUUUACUCACAUUAUUCGGAUCGACAACUACACAUCUUAAUGGAGGACUAUAAAUUUCUGUUCAAAGUCGUGCUGGUUGGUAAUGCUGGCGUGGGCAAAACAUGUUUGGUGAGACGAUUUACGCAAGGAUUGUUUCCACCGGGUCAAGGUGCUACGAUUGGCGUAGAUUUUAUGAUAAAAACAGUAGAAGUUGAGGGAGAGAAAAUAAAGCUACAAAUCUGGGAUACAGCCGGCCAGGAACGAUUCCGGUCAAUAACACAAAGUUACUAUCGAAGUGCACACGCUUUGAUUUUGGUCUAUGAUAUCAGUUGCCAACCGACAUUCGAUUGUUUACCAGACUGGCUCCGAGAAAUCCAAGAGUAUGCCAAUUCAAAAGUACUGAAAAUUUUAGUUGGGAAUAAAACCGAUCGUGAUGACCGAGAAAUUCCAGCCGCAAUCGGCGAAGACUUUGCCAAACAAAAUGGAAUGUACUUUUUAGAAACUUCAGCUAAAGAGGCCGACAACGUGGAGAGGCUGUUCUAUGAAAUAGCGGCCGAACUGAUUGAACAGGCACGUAGUAAAGAAAUGCCGAGAAGCGAAACCGGUGGCGGAGGAAUAUCAAAUUUAGGAAAUAAAACCAACUAUUUAGGUCAAAGUAAUUGUUGUAGUAAUUUUUCCGGAUCGGGGGGUUAGGAGAGUAGAACAAAAAUUAUAUUCCGUUUAAGUUUAGCUAAUUUUUUACUGAACCAUAUUUGUGUUACAAAAAUGCGAAUUUAGACGUUAAGACAUUAAAUUAUUGUGAUGCUACAUUUAAUGAGGAAAACAUUGUUGUUUUUGGUGAACAUUAUCUCGGUUAUCUAGCAAGAACUGCGGAGUGGAGGCAGAAAAGAUAUUAUUUCAAAGGCCGUAGAAAAUACGGUCCCUUUAACUAUUUCUGCUACAUUUGUAUCACGGCUCACAUUGGUGGGCACAUAAUCACACACAAAAAAGGUUUCACGCCUUAUUAAGUGAAAUUCAUUAGAAGUGAUUGCCUAAUUUCACACAAGGUGCACAAUUUCCAUAAUUUGUCCCGUAGUUAUGUGAUACAUACUAUGGCCUCAGCAGUCUAUACAUUCGCCGAUUAUUCAAAAACUACGUGCUUAUAUGCUGUAAAUUUAACUUGAUCACACGCUGCAUUGUAAGUAUAGCAGUUUGCUUGCAGAGCAGGCAAUAACACAUUUUAACUUCAUAAUGCUCCAGGCCGAAAAAAUAAGUCAAUUCAGUCUACUAUCCUUUCAAAGCGGUAAUUUUCAAUGGGUUGUAUCAAUGACGGAUCCAGAAUGCGGUUGAAUUGCAUUUGUGAGGUACAAUAAUCAAAAAAUUGAACCUUUUGAUCCGGGAAGUCGGGACGACUGUUCAUAGGUGGAUCCACGCCUGGUUUGUAUGUGAUCAGCGUAAGUGUUUGGGAUGCCAGUACGUCCAAGGUCUAUACUGCUAGGAAAGUAGCGUUUAUCACCAUUGUUUGAGUUACGCAGUGGCACCCUCCAUAAUUCUCAUACAAUAUUUCACCUCAAAUAUGAAAAACGACUGCCAGCCAUCGGCGCAUCUGUGUUUAUGUUUCUUUCUUUGUACACAGUGACACAGUAUACAGCCCGGAGUGGCUUCACUUUACUUUCAAUAAAAUUCAUUACAAAAAUGUUCUUUGUUCGUAGCCGUAAUUCCUGUUAUAAUAAAGGUUGUGAAUCUUUAUUGUCUCAUUCUAAUAAGUUGAUAAAGUAGAUGUUAUCCGGGUGAAAUAAUCUUAAGGAACGAAAAACUCUGAUUCAAAUAGAAAUUUUAUCACAACAACAAGAAUAAUCAAAUUUUUCGAUUGAAUUCAUAUAAACAUAAUAUCAACAUCAGAACCACAAAAUGUACCAAUUUUUUUACCUAAAAGAUAUUCAAUUUAAGCGAAAAAUAUUUCAAAA